CCUCGGAGCAAGUGGAAGUUGAGGAAGUUAAGCGAGACGGAAACAAGGAAGUAAAAACGAGAUUUCAACAGGUUCAAAUGUUUUAGCGGUUUAACGAGCUAACCGAGACGCACAAAAAUGCCGCUGGGCCCGUUUAGGAAAAAAAACAAGUCGACCAAGGAGCACCUGGUGGACCACGAGGAGGUCGGGGGCGGCCACCACGCAAACGCGGCUGGCUCGCUGCUUGCCGGCGGCGGCCACAAGUCGGCGGUGAACGGCGGCGGUGGCUUGCCCCCGCCGCCUGCCAACCUGCGGCCCAAGCUGGUCUUCCACACGCAGUUGGCCCACGGCAGCCCCACCGGCAGGAUCGAAGGCUUCUCUAACGUCAAGGAGCUGUACGCCAAGAUUGCUGACGCCUUUAACAUCAGCCCACCCGAAAUCCUCUUUUGCACCCUCAAUACACACAAGAUCGACAUGGACAAGCUGCUGGGUGGCCAGAUUGGACUGGAGGACUUCAUCUUCGCCCACGUCCGGGGCAUCAAGAAGGAGGUGGAGGUGUUAAAGUCGGAGGACGCGCUGGGCCUUACCAUCACUGACAAUGGCGCGGGGUUCGCCUUCAUCAAGCGUAUCAAAGAGGGCAGCGUGGUUGACAAGGUGAAGGUGAUCUGCGUGGGCGACCACAUCGAGCGCAUUAACGGCCGCAACAUUGUGGGCACACGCCACUACGAGGUGGCCCGCAUGCUCAAGGAGCUACCCAGGAACGAGACCUUCACCCUCAAGCUGGUGGAGCCCAUGAAGGCCUUUGAAAUGUUGGAGCCGAGGUCCAAGGGCGCCAAGCCCAGCAGUGACAACAAAAUUGGGAAUGGCAAGGGAACGCUUCGACUUCGCUCCAAGGGCCCGGCCACAGUGGAGGAUGAGCCGACAGAGUUUGAAGAGAAAGCAGUGAAAAAGGUGGAUGACCUGCUGGAGAGCUACAUGGGCAUCAGAGACACAGAACUUGCGGCUACCAUGGUGGAGGUUGGCCGUGACAAGAAGAACCCUGACGAGUUCGCCAUGGCGCUGGAUGAGACCCUCGGUGACUUCGCCUUUCCGGACGAGUUUGUCUUCGACGUGUGGGGGGCCAUCGGAGACGCCAAGCAGGGAAGGUUCUAGGUUGACGGUCACCUUCCAGCAACCCUCUGAAAACAACACACACACACACACAAGCAAGUCUUGUGGUGGCUUGAUGAUGCUUUGGCGAAGUGCACGGAACACUUCUCCUGCCUGAACAUUUAAUUUAACACUUGAUAGCCGUGUCAUUUUUAAUACCACUUUUUUUUAGUUUUUUUUUUUAAGGUAUGCACAUAGUAUGAUCAAGCUGAUUUCUCAGCUGUAAUUUUAGCAAUCGUUUAUUUACGUUUGGUUGGUUUCAAGGGGACAUAUUACGCGAAGUGGACUAUUUAAUCACCAGUACACAGUUGGGUGAUUGAGUGUGAAAUUAAACAACCAAGUAAAUAAUUUGUCACCUG